AUGGGUUUCGUUGAGACGUUUCAACUGAACGGAGUACAUAUCAAAACAACUGUAACAAGUACGCAGAAAGAUGUCGACGAUAUUCUAUGGUCUUUCCUGCGUCCCGCAAAUUAUAGUGGACCAAAGGUUAUCGGGUUUGAUAUCGAGCUGUCGAUGGUAGAAGAUAAGGUAUCAGAAGAAGAAACUCGUGAAGAUUCGGAAUGUGCAACUCUGCAUCUAUGUAAUGGCAUAUCAUGUCUUAUUAUUCAGCUAUGUCAUUUAGAAUCAAUUCCCACAUCUCUGCUUAAUUUUCUUCGUCUUCCAGAUUUUACUUUUGUGGGUGUUGGUAUCAAUCAUAAUUUGGUUAAACUUGAGAAGGAGUGUGGGAUUAGAUGCAGAAAUGCUGUGGAACUUGGACCUUUGGCUGCUAAUGUCAUGAAAAUGCCUCAUUUGUGUUUCUGUGGCGUGGAUGAAUUAGCUUUUGCAGUCAAAAAGUUUGAUCUUGGGAAACACAGGCCUUUAACAACGCUCUAUAAGGAUUGGGGUCAAAGUAACUUUGGGAAAAAGCUUGCUAAACUUGCUACUAUUAAUGUUUACUCUUAUUACAUGAUUGGGAACACAUUGCUUAGUACUACUAGUUAA